AUGAACUGCGCAAGCCCAGUCUCAGCAGCGAAGCUGUUUGUGCAGCUUGCACCAUCCAGAUGCGCCACGCCGCCGGUGCUUGACUUCCUACUGCCUCGGGGUGGUCAGGCUGCUGUGGCCACUGCCUCCAAGAGAGUACAACGCGCUGUCACAAGGGUGUCGUGGAGGGCGUCACGAGGUGACCUGUAUACGUCCAGGUCGCUGCCAGCAUCACCGCGUGUCCCAUCACUCAGCUCUACCAGAAGGUUCACCCAGGUUGCCUAUAACCCCCAGACCGAUGAGGAUGGCAAUGAGAUGAAGCUGGAAAUAACGCCCAGGGCAGCAAAGCGUCUAUCCGACAUCAUGAAGAAGGAAGACAACCCCCACCUGGCCCUCCGCAUCCAGGUCGAGUCCGGCGGCUGCCACGGCUUCCAGUACCUCAUGUCCCUCGUCACCCUGCCCUCCGCCCUACCGUCCCAGCCCGCCGAUGGCGCCGAGCCAGCCGAGCAUCCCGGCGAGGGCGACGACUCGGGCGAGAUCAGGGAGGACGACACGAUCUUCACCCACACCAAGGAGGAAACUGCCUCAGACGAGGUGGACCUGUCUGCGCCCAAGAUCAUACUCGACCAGCCGUCGCUGGAGCUUCUCAAGGGGAGCAAGGUCGACUAUACCAUGGAGCUGAUCGGGUCGCAGUUCAAGAUCGUGGAUAAUCCGGCUGCGACGUCGAAUUGUGGCUGUGGGAGCUCGUUCGACAUUAAAGGGUUGUAA